CCGCCGGAGGCGCCGCGAGCUCCGGUCUCUGCUCAGCGGGGGUUCUCGCGGCCGAGGCGGAGUCUGUGAUCUCGGCUCCUCGCUCAGUCGGCGGGAGUAUUCGAACCCGGGACACGCGCGGGAAACCCCCCAGCAUCCAUCCAGCCAUCCAGCCAUCCCCAAGGCAGCCGCCCGCGCCCAUGGAGCUGGAGGCACAGUGGUGGCGGGGACAGCUGGCUGCGGACAUCCACCAGGCGCUGCGCUACAAGGAGCUGAAGUUGCCCUCUUACAAAGGCCAGUCCCCUCAACUAAGUCUCAGAAGGUAUUUUGCUGACUUGAUUGCUAUAGUAAGCAAUCGCUUCACUCUUUGCCCUUCUGCCCGACAUCUUGCUGUCUAUUUGCUGGACCUGUUUAUGGAUCGCUAUGACAUCUCCAUCCAGCAGCUGCAUUUAGUUGCACUUUCCUGUCUGCUUCUAGCAAGUAAAUUUGAAGAAAAAGAAGAUAGUGUGCCUAAGCUGGAGCAGCUCAAUAGCCUAGGUUGUAUGACUAAUAUGAAUCUAGUAUUAACAAAACAGAAUUUGCUACAUAUGGAACUAUUGCUAUUAGAAACCUUUCAGUGGAACCUCUGCCUUCCAACUGCUGCCCAUUUCAUUGAGUAUUAUCUCUCCGAAGCAGUACAUGAAACAGAUCUUCAUGAUGGCUGGCCAAUGAUUUGCUUGGAAAAAACUAAGCUCUACAUGGCCAAAUAUGCAGAUUAUUUUCUGGAAGUAUCUUUGCAAGAUUAUGCCUUUCUAAAUUAUGCACCUUCUUUAGUAGCUGCUGCAUGUGUGGCUUCUUCAAGAAUUAUUCUUCGUCUUUCUCCAACGUGGCCUACAAGACUGCAUCGUCUUACUGCUUACUCCUGGGAUUUCUUAGUACAGUGCAUUGAACGGCUGUUGGUUGCUCAUGAUAAUGAUGUGAAAGAAGCAAACAAACAGAGAGGACAGGCAGGACCUCAACCAGCACAACUCAGUGUGUUCCAGACAGCAUCCCAGCCCUCAAGACCAGUUCACUUUCAGCAACCUCAGUAUCUCCAUCAAACCCAUCAGACCUCAUUGCAAUACCGCCUUCCUGUGUCAGAUCAACCAACUUGUCAACAGAUUGUAUCGACCACACACACCUCAUCUUAUACACUACAGACAUGUCCUGCUGGCUUCCAAACUAGUGUUCAGGGCCUUGGGCAUGUGCAGACUGGUGUUGGGAUGUCACUGGCAAUACCAGUAGAAGUUAAACCUUGUCUUAGUGUUUCUUAUAACCGGAGUUAUCAAAUAAAUGAGCAUUACCCUUGCAUUACUCCAUGCUUUGAAAGGUGAUUAUAUGCAAGGACUUGCCUAACUCAGACAGCUUUGUGACUUGAAACUCUGAGGUAAGCUUUUU